CUAUUGAUUCUGACGAGUCGACGGUAAUAAUGGGGGUGCAGGUGGAGGAGUCGAAAAUCGGCGCCAUGAUAGAGAAGGCGAAGUUCUACACCUCCCUCUGCCUCGGCACCACGGCGAUCCUCGCGGUCUUCGGUUUCCUCUUCCUGAUCCCAUUCGUCGUCGAGCCGGCGAUAUCCACGAUAUUGGCGGACUUCUCGCCGCACGCGGUCGCCUGCGUCACGACGGAUCACGUUUACGCGGAGGGCCUGAAGAACUGCUCGUGGGCGAGUUGCAGGGAAGGUUGCACCAGUGCGGCGCUUCGUUGCCAUCAGAUCAGAGUCAACUAUACCAAACUGCCGUUCGAGGAGGCGAAGUCGUUGGGCUCGGUGCCAUGGGACGUCACCGACACCAAGUUCUUCGUAAACACGGAGGGAUGCGGCUACCCGCCGACCGUCAACUGUUCCGCAUUCGCGAAGCAGUACAAGAACACGGGGAACAUAUUUCCCUGUUACUACAGCAGGACAUAUCCGGAGACGGUUGUCGCGAGAUACUCGUGGGAUCAGAACCUCAGGCACUUGGUGUUGGCUUUGAUCGUGCCCAUAGUAUUGUUCGCCGUGACAGUCGGCGUACUGUGCUACUGGUAUUGUCCGCCGAUAGGCAAGACCUGCGGCGGUCCGGGUCGCAAUCUCAUCGACAAGUAUGCUAGAAAGGAAGAGACUCUCUGUUGUCAAAGUAAUUCCUCCGUACAUCACGCCACCUCUGCGUCCCUUUCUCUUUCCGUGAUUCCGUGGCUUUCCGUUCUUGCAGCAUCUUGGCAGAGGACGAGUUCGAGGAGGACGAAGAGGAAUACUGACUGCUACCGAGGGCACACCCCCCUGCGCGGGAGUGAUGCCAGGGAAAAGAUCUCCGAAUGGCUCCAGCGUGCUUUGCCUUAUAAAUUUAAUAAGCGAUCGAGCAUUAGCGCUAAGGGAAAUCCGCCGCGAGCGGAGUAAACGAGGUGUCUUUGUAUUGCCGCUUCUUACCGGGUUCGUUCACUUGGGAUUAUGCUUGACGCGCGCUCUCUCUCCGACUUCUUUUUGUCUUCUGAAUCUGCUCUAAAACGUGCUUUCAAUAAAUGGAACGUGCGCCUAGGUUUCACGCCACUGACAUGAAAAAGAAAAAAAGAAACAUUUCUCUUUUCUCAUUAUCUCUCUUUCUCUAUCUAUCUAUCUUGGUAUCUCUUUUUCUCGACAUUCCAUUGCACUGACAUUAACCAUACGCACUCAAUCGAAAUAAAGAUGAGGUCGGAUCUCAAAUGAAGUGAGGAAUGAGCGACGGGUCGGGUCGGGAGAAUCGCUCGCGCGAGAUUUUGCAAAGAGCACACGAAAAUUAAAUUUACGACGUUAAGUAGGCCGUGAAUGAUGAGAGCUCGGACUUUUCAAUUAUCUAUCAGUAUUUCAUGGGAGUUCACGAGGGGUGUGGUUCGAAACACGCGACGACGGGUGAGAUCAAGACACGACGAUAACGAUGGCGACCUCCGCGUGUAUGUGUUUCGGACUGAACCGUGAUAAAGGCGCGCCUUCCUACCACGUGAUAAUUUAAGCUGGACGAUAGUUUUUAAACGGCACAGAUUAGAUUUUACAGAGCAGCAUCAGGUUUAGACUAGUUACACGGCCGCGAAUUUACGAGUUAAGUUACGUAAGCUGCCCCUUCGACGGUCAACGUCGAGACGCGAAAUGUCGACGGAAGCAGCGCGAGCUUCCGCGUGAGUCUUGCAGUUCGACGCGCGGCGCAACCCCGUCGGCCCGUCGAGCUCCAAACUCAAAGAAAUGGAUUCCAAUGCGGACUCGUGUCGGACUAACCAUGUUACUCGCUGCACUCACUAGCAAACGCGUUUGGCAAAAUUCUCGUUUGGAGAUUUCACCUCCCCCCCUUUCUCUCCCAAGCCUUCGAUUCGAAUUACUAAUAUCGGCGUCUUCUCGUUAUUGCCACUUUUUUGAAUAGAUCAAACCGUGACCAUCUGGGUGUGAUUUUAGUCCCUUGAAAUUGGAUAGAUAUUUCGUCACAAAAGUCACAGGGUGUGAGGUACAUUUUUGCGUGAUAUUUGUUCCCUCUUCUCUCACAAACGCGUGAGUGAUAGUUCUAACGGGAAUUUGCAAAACUUCACUUCGGUGAAGGUGUUCUCGUAGGAAGAUGGAAGAAGUGAAGCGAAUGUGACGUGGUUCGCUUUCGAAAUCCGCUUCCGCACCAAAAAACGUAGGUUAAGGGUAGGCAGUAAGUUAAGCCUGUGAAUAUUACCGAUCGUAAUUCUAUCGAAAUCGAUAUAUAAGAGUUGUUACGAAUUUUUUACGCAGACGCGAGUCACGUCGUGGAGAGAGAGAUUCUAAUUACACAAAGUAUAUAUAU